AUGGGUCCGAAGAAGAAGAUGAUGUCUAUUGAAUUAAAGCGUGAAAUCAUAGAAAAACAUGAGCAAGGUGUGCGAGUAAUUGACUUGGCGAGGAUAUCCCACACACUUCCACAAACAAGGAAUCGGAAGACUCGUUUAAAGCCAGUCGGGGCUGGUUUGACAACUUUGGAAUCGAGUUCGGAUGUGAAGGCAGCUGAGGUUUACAUCAAAACGUUUUCCGAACUGAUAGAAGCCAAAGGAUACAUCCCCCAGCAAGUCUUCAACUGUGACGAGACAGGGCUUUUCUGGAAAAGGAUGCCGAAUAGGACUUACAUAACGGCAGAGGAGAAGACGAUGCCAGGUCACAAACCCAUGAAGGAUAGAUUAACUCUAGCACUUUGCGCCAAUGCGAGUGGCGACUGCAAAAUCAAGCCUCUGCUAGUAUACCAUUCGGAAAAUCCCAGAGCCUUUAAGUCACAUAAGAUUUUAAAAGAAAAACUGCAAGUUAUGUGGAGGGCAAAUCCGAAGGCGUGGGUUACCAGGAAAUUCUUUGUGGAGUGGAUAAACCUGGUGUUUGGCCCUUCUGUUAAAAAAUAUCUACAGGAAAACAACUUACCCAUGCAAGCCCUUCUCGUCCUCGACAAUGUCCCUGCUCACCCACCAAAUCUCGAAGAUGAUUUACUCGAAGAGUUCAAGUUUAUAAAUGUUCUCUACCUACCACCCAACACCACUCCUAUCCUGCAGCCCAUGGAUCAGCAAGUUGCCUGGCUGGGUGUUACAACGAGGACCUUAACCUCUGCAUGGAAGAAGCUGUGGCCUGAGGCUGUAGCUGAAAGGGCCUUCGAAGGAUUGGAAUCCGAAGUGUCAGUGGUAGAGGAGAUUGUUUCUCUGGGAAAAUCCAUGGGUCUGGAGGUGGAUAAGAGAGAUGUGAACGAACUCGUCGAGGAACAGUCUCAGGAGCUGACAACCGAGGAGUUACACGAUCUACAUUCGCAGCAGCAUACGGUGGUUCAACGAAAAAUGAGUUUUGAAGAGGAGCCAGAGAUGGAGGAGGUUAUCUCUACAAGAGAUAUAAAGGAGAUCUUGGGAAUGUGGGAGAAAGUUGUAGAGUUCGUGGAUAAAAAUCACCCCGAAAAAGUUGCAACUGGUCGUGCAUCGGAGUUGUUCAACGAAACUUGCCUAACUCAUUUCUGCAAUAUCCUGAAAGGGAGGAAGAAACAAACUUCCUUGGACAGUUUUUUUAAACGAUCUGCAGGUGAAAAUGAGCAAAGCGUGACUAAAAAAGCGAAGAACAGUGACGAAAAUUAA